AUGAGACGUUUUAUGAUCAAUAAGCCAAUUCAGGAGCUUGAUUUGAUCUCGGAGUUGCCUGGCCCCAUCAUUCAGCAUAUCAUGUCUUUAAUACCCUACAAAGAAGCUGCACGGAUGAGUGUUUUGUCCAAGAGAUUUGCAUCCGCAUGGAAUUGCUUUCCUAUCAUCAUUUUGGACGAAACCCUAAUUAUGGGAUCAUGCCUUGAGUUGACAGAGAGUAGGUCUGAGCAACCAAAUAAUGGUAUUGAGAAUGCAAUUGCUUAUGCAAUAGAGAAUAAGGUGAAAGAGUUAGAGCUAGAUAUUGUUGGACAAGGUUUAAUUUUUAAGGCGCAUUAUAAUUUGCCGAGGAAAGUAUUAUCUUGCCAAAGUAUUACAGUUUUGAGUUUGAAAGGGUUCGUAUUGGAAUCAUCCCAGAAUUUGACCUUGAAUUUCCCGUUCAUAAAAGAACUGAAACUAGAAAAGUGUACAGUGAUGCAAACACUCAACAUUUCAAGCCAAACACUGAAGAGUGUGGUGAUAGAAUUUUGUCAAGAUCUGGAGAAGAUCAAUAUCAAUGCUUCGAAUCUCGAAUCCUUCUCGCUCAGUGGAGGACCAGAUUCAUCAUCCAGCAUCAAUAUCACUGCUUGCAAAUCCCUCAAAUACUUAUCUUUAAAGAAUGCUCAGAUCACAGAUGAAUGGAUUAAACAUGAAGUUGCUCAAUUUUUUCGACUCGAGGUUUUGAAAGUUGUUGGGUGUAGACUACUGAAAAACUUUCAUGUGUCCGAUACCAAUCUUAAGACAGUAGAUCUAAGAAAUUGUUCACAAUUGCAGAAGAUUGAGAUUUAUGCACGAAGCUUAAACACAUUUGUUUACCAUGGGCACUUGAUGCCCUCAGAAGUCUUCAUUGAUUCUCCAUCUUUCCGUGCUAAGAUCUCAUUGAGUGUAGAUCUUCAGCUUCCUCAUGAUUGGUUCUCAAGAUUGAGAGAUUUUCUUUCAUGCUUCGACCACUGCGAAGAGUUAGAAAUUGCCUGUGAAGUUGGAAAGGCGUUGAUUGUUCCUAUAGAUUUUAGGGUCAAUUCACUUCCUCCAUUAUAUGACCUUAAUUAUCUGAAGUUAGUCGCAAAAUUUCCAACAAAUACGGAGGACCUCCUGGACUUGCUGGAAAGCUUGCUUUGGUUUGCUCCUCAUCUAACAAUAUUAUCUUUUGUUUCGGGCAGAAAAGAAAAAUCUCUUAAGUUUGAAUACGAUCCAGAAAUAGCCAUAGAAGGAGAUCUCGAGUGCUGCUACUCGUUGCCUAUUAAGUGUUGGCAACAUUCUUUAAAGAAAGUUAUAGUGGAGAACUUUGAGGAACGUGAAAAUAUGGUUCUGGAGAAGUUCUUGGCACAAAAGGGAAUAAGGAUGGAAGCAACUUCAAGAGAAGACAAUGCUUGUGCUGAUGCUAAGGCAGGAGGUUCUGAAGAUUCUGGUUCAGUGAUCAUACGGAAUGUCAGUGAUCUAAGGGCCAUUUUCAUGUCUAAUUUUUUUGGUUUUGAUGAUAUAUGA